AUGAUUUCUAAUCGAUUUCGUUUAUUGUCCAUAUUGAACAAAACAUUUUCCUAUUCAAAACGAUGGACAAUCGCAACAUCGGAAAUUCGUAUAAGUAAAAUACCAAUAAAAAGAUCUAUGUAUGCCUAUAAACGUUUACAAACAACCUACUAUGAUUGGAUGGAAGCUGUUAAUCGUGUUGAUAUUAAACAAGAGAAUUUUCAUCGGUCAUUAGUCAUACGUGCAACAAUAAGACAAAUUCUCCGUUAUAUGCAUGAUGGUUAUAUUGAUGUUGAACAAUGGCAAACAUUUCGUGAUUAUCUGGUUAAAAAAGAUAUUGGCGUAUCAAGAUUAUUCGAUGGAAUCUUCAUACAUGAAUGUAUUAAUUUUCAGCGUUUUCUAAUGGGUCUAUCGUAUAUUAAUUAUUUAAAAUAUGAAAAUGUUCCAUUAACACCAACUGGUUUAUCCAUGUUAUUAUUAUUAGCACGAGAAAUUGAUAUUCGCCCUGAAUUAAAUGAACAUUGUUUAGAAGAAAGUCUUUUAUUAAAUGCUUAUCAAGAAUUUCUUUCGUGUAAAGUCGUUCCUGAUGCAAUGCUUGCAUUACCAAUAAUAGCCGGUUUAACAUUGACAACGCAAUGGAAAGAAGCACUGAUAUAUUUACCAACACUCGAUAAUGAUCUUCAUGGCUUGCAGCAAGCAUUAGGUUUUGUUUUAACUGCAGCAGCGAAAUUUCAUGAUUACGAAUUUUUCUUCUCACUUCUGGAUAAUAUUUCACAAACGGAAUCGAUUCGUUUACAUGAAGAGCGUCAACGAAUACGUACAACGGCAACAGGUGAUGUUAAACAAAAACUGACCAUCGAUCAACAAAUACAACGUCCUGUAGCACCGUCAAGAAUUAAGGAAAGUGAUUAUUAUUUAAUUGCAAAAACAUCACAAGCUUAUGAAACAUUUACGAAUUAUCUAACGGGAGAAAAAGAUAAGCAAAUUGAAACGCUAACCAAACUAUUGGAGAAAACAGCAAGCAAUGGUUAUAUACCACCGGUGUCAUUUGUAAAAUCAUUAGAAAAAAAAUUAAAAGAGCUUGAUCCAACUAAGUACAAUUGUGAAUAUAUCUGUUUCUGUCCGAAUGGUAAAUCUCUGGAUAAUAAAUCCACAUUACCAUCGAUUGAACCAACGGAAAAAGAAUGCGAAAAUAUACAUUCUCAUGUUCGAAAUAAUUUCCAAGCAUUACUUGAAACUCAUUGUCCUAAAGUAGCCGAAGGUCCAUCAAAAUUAUUAAAACAUCUCUCUGACUCUGAACCGUUUGAUGUUGUUUUCGAUUGUCUUCAUUAUCCAGCACUUGAAAUUGACUGGCGCAUACGCCAUCCAUUGUAUAUCAAACGUGUUCUCUAUCAAAUAGUUGAUGAAAAAGGGAAACGAUGUCUAGUCAUUGGUAAAGUCGAUCUUGCUGAUUUUGUUGAAUCACUUCUAAUGCCUGCUGAACUCGUGUCGGUUAUUCGUGUACCUUAUGAAUCUAUUAAAAGUCCAUUACCAUUAUUAUCAGCACUAUACCAUAGUCCAACAACAUUACUGGCUAGUCCUAUAGACCAACAGGAUUAUAAAACUUUAUUAGGUUUAAAUAAUGUUGAUAUAUUUAGUCGAUGGAUACAAACUCAUCAGUUGGUUCCCGUUACUAAACCAGAUUUAGUCUAUCUUCAAGCUCCGUGUCUAUAUUCAACACGUGUACAUGUGAAUACGUCUGAAUGGCUAAUACCUUAUUUUGAUGGAUCGCCUCUAACCGAGCCCGAGAAUGUUCAAACGUGGUUUCGCGUUCAAAUAAAUAAUAAUUAA